GGCAAUAAUACAAUUUAUUGGUGCUAUGUUGGAAACAGAGUUAAAAUUUAUUUUAUCGUAAUAUCGUAAAUAUGACAUUUAUUUGAUCUACGUUAAUACAAAUUGUUUUAUCAAGUAUGUCAUUUUCGUGGUAAAUCACAUGCAGACGGUAAAUUUUUAAGUCUUUCUGCUAUAAACAACUUCCGGUCGUGUAGUCAGACGACCGUCAUGGCUGCGGAGCAUCAGUACUUUUACGAAGAUGAAGUUUUCAGAAUCAAUAAGAAGGGGAAUAUCGAAUUUGGAAUGGUGAUUGAAACUUCAGAACUUGCAAGCAGUGACGAAAAUUCGGAUGUCGAAGAAGGUGGUCGAAUGAAGAAAGAUCACAUUCGUGUUGCAUGGCAUCCUUCGGGACUCGAAGAAGUUAUUUCAGAAAAGAAGGUGCACCUGGCCGACCGGUCGCUGAUGCCGGGCGACGUGGUGCGCCGGCUCAUCAGGGGCAAGGACACCCAGCGGGGGUACUGCCGCGACAUCAAGGUGCAGGCGUGCGUGCAGGUGGUGGGCACCAAGCAGGUCAUCGAGCACGUCCGCAGCGAGCACCUCACGCCCCUCGAGGAGUUUGCGACGGACAUCGUGGCCUGCAUGGACUCGUGGGUGGGCAGCAUCAAGACGGUGCACUCGAAGGUGGUGCUCCGCUGCCCGGACGGGUCCCGCUGCGUCACCAGCGACAUAGAGGCCAUGGGGCUGGAGGACUUCAAGGAGAGGCGCGACUGCGAGCUGGACCUGACGGAGCGCCGGGACGAGUUCUACCCCGGCCAGAUCCUGUACGGCCCGCUGCAAGUGCUGGAGGACGCCCAGUGGCUGCACCAGACCAAGGAGGUGAAGGCGCAGCUGGGGCGGCCGGGCAAGAUGGCGAAGGUGGCGGUGGAGGAGGUGCGCACCGACUCGGUGGGCGUGCACUGGCAGUGCCGCGCCUACUCCAAGGAGGGCGCCGGGCCGGACCGCGAGCAGCCCAAGUUCCUGCUGCAGGGCGACGACCUCAAGAGGCUGCGGCUGCUGAACGUGUUUGAGCCGUGCACCCUGCAAGUGGGCGACCGGAACUUCUACACCCUGCGCGAGGGGGACGCGGUGACGACGCGAGAGCAGUGGCGCCGCCUGCAGAGGGACACGCUCGUCGCACUGUCGCUCAGCAACGGGGUCAAGGUGGCGAGUCCCAAGAGGGUGCGGUGCAGCAGCAAGACCUCGGGCGGCGACGACGCGACGAGGCGGUCGCCGCCGCACGGGGUCCCCGAGGCGCCUGCCGGGACGGAGGCGCCCGAGGUGACGGUGACGCUGGCCAAUGACGACGCCGACUGGGACACGGAGGGCACAGGCAGCAUCUCCGACACCACCUCCAUCAGCAGCAACUGCUCCAGCAUCAACUCCCAAGGCAAGAAGAAGCGAGGCCCCGCGCUGAUGACCAAGGUGCUGAAGAAGAAGAAGCUGCGGCGAGCCAGGAGGAAAGCCCCGGCCCUGCCCUUGGUCCCGGGGUUCCGAGUGGUGGUCGAGACCCUGUCCACGUCCUCCAUCGCCGACGUUGUGUGGCAGGACGGCUCGGUGGAGAAGGGCAUCCCGUCCACGCAGCUGUACCCCAUCCACCACCUGGACGACCAGGAGUUCUUCCCCGGGGACUUCGUGAUCGAGAACCGCGACGACGGCUGCAUGCGGGUGUACGGGGUGGUGCAGAGCGUGGACCACGCGGGCCGCACCGCCACCAUCAGGUGGUUCAAGACCUACACGUCGCAGGAGGAGCCGCAGCCGGCCCAGCUCGGGGAGAACGAGGUGAGCGUGUACGACCUGAAGGACCACCCGGACUUCCAGUACCGGCCGGGCACCGUCGUCAUCAGGGUGGCCAACUUCGAGGGCGAGGACGCCACCUGCACGGCGGGCCAGGUGCUCGACAACUACCCGGAGGGCCUGGUGCGCGUGUGGUGGGUGGACGACCACGUGUCCAUGUGCUGGCCCCAGGACCUCUACAAGGUGGGCGAGUACGACAGCGACGAGGGGGAGCUGUGGGACGACGCCAGCAGCGACGGCUCCUGGGAGACCGAGUCCGAGGACUGCUUCAUCGCGGACGACGUGUGCCUGGAGGAAGACGUGGAGAAGCUGUUGCGGCCGAAGCUGGCUGCGAACAUCGAGAAGGCUCGCAUCGCGAUGUCUCGCCUGGAGGAGAUAUUCACCCAGAACCCGUCCCUCUCUACGGCGAGCGUCAUGCGGCAGCUUCUCGACGUUUAUAAAGACUGCAGGUACCUGGACAAGCUGAUGGGGACGUCGUUCUUCCACGAGAGCCACUUCCAGGGCCUGCUGGAGCGGGUGCGCGAGCGCGGGCGCGCCAACGUGGCGCAGCGCGUCGCCGACCAGGUCAGCCGCCUGUUCCACGACCCGAGCCAGGACGGCACGGCGGGCGACCCCGAGGACUCGGGGCUGUCCUCCACGGAGCAGCUGGCCAAGGACAGCGACGGCAGCAGCGGCGGCAACGACUCGCUCGCCUCGGGGGAGUUCCUGGUCAGCGAGAGCCUGGCGAACCUGGAGCGGAGCGUGGCGGCGGCGGCCGCGGCGGAGGAGGGGGGCCCCGAGGUCUCCGGCCCCCCCGCCGCCGUCUCCAACUCGCACGUCUGCGUGAAGCUGUGCUCGCUGAUCAAGGCGCAGCUGGUGAAGGCGCACGCGGAGGUGACGCGCAGGUUCGGCGGCCACCAGGGCCAGAUGACGCUCAGCGACGCCGUCAAGGCGCACUCCCCGGUCGACGAGCCCGACGAGGCGGAGGAGGAGGCCCCGGCCCCCGGGGAGGCGGGCGGCCAGCCCCAGCCGCUCCUGGAGAAGGUCAAGGACGGCAUAAUGGACGUGUUCAACGUGAUUGUGCGGUUGAAGUCGAACCCGGUGCCCAACGGCGAGGAGGCCGCGGAGGAGGCGAGGGACGAGACGGCCGCGGCUGCGACGCCCUCGGCGGCCGUGGAAGAGGCUCCUGCAGUCCAGGAGUACGGAGAGGGCUUCUCCGUCGAGGACUCGGCGCCCAGCAGCCACAAGUUCAAGCUGACCAUGUUCCAGCCGACGGACCCGCAGAACUUCUUCAGGACGGUGCGCAAGGAGAUCAAGCUCCUUCGCACCUCGCUGCCCCGCGGCAUCUGGGUGAAGGGCUUCGAGGACCGCAUGGACCUGUACAGCGUGAUGGUGCGCGGGCCUGAGAACACGCCCUACGAGGACGGGCUGUUCUUCUUCGACUUCCAGCUGUCGGCCGAGUACCCCAAGGCCCCGCCGCUGUGCCACUACAUCAGCUACUGCAGCGACCGCCUAAACCCCAACCUGUACGAGGACGGCAAGGUGUGCGUCAGCCUGCUGGGCACGUGGAGCGGCAAGGGCACCGAGGUGUGGACCGCCUCCUCCAACCUGCUGCAGGUCAUCGUCUCCAUCCAAGGGCUGAUCCUGGUGAGCGAGCCGUACUUCAACGAGGCGGGCUACGAGAAGCAGAAGGGCUCGCAGCAGGGCAAGGAGAACUCGCGCAUGUACAACGAGAUGGCCGUGCUGAAGCUGGUGCAGGCGCAGACCAAGCUGCUGCUCGCGCCGCCCGCCGUCUUCAAGGAGGAGAUCACGGAGCACUUCCGGCGCAACGCCUACAAGCUCAUCCAGCGGCUGGAGAGCUGGCUGGAGAUCUCGGAGAGGUACAACAGCGUGCACCCCAUCACGCCCACCAGCCCCACCAGCUUCCGGGAGCUGCACGGCCAAGCCAUAUCGGAGGCCUUGAACGCCCGGCUGCCGGAGUUCCCGCUCAUCCCCGCCUCCAAGGGCUUCUGCCUGACCCUGAGGAAGUCGCUGGUGACCUUCCGGGAGACGCUGGCGUCCGUGGGCAUCGCGGGGCCCAGUUAGCGGCCAGCGUGACGCCGCCGUCGCGUCUCCGUCGCUCCUCCGCCAACACACUGGUCACAUGCUUUUUAUUUGUACCAUUGCUCCCGUGCCCAUCGAAUAUUAUUUAUUGCAACGUAUGUACAUAUAUCCACACCUGAGUUACAUUUUGAAUUUUCGUUGGCACCCACUACAUUGUUUAUACUGGCAGAUUACAUGUUCAUAGAACAGCGCAUGAUGAGUCAUUGUUUGGUCUGUAGAGGACUAUAGCUGAUAACUCUGUUAAUAUGUACAACUAUAAAUACACAGUACCGAUCUCCUAGGCCACAUCACUCAGAAUAAAGGGUUGAUAAUAUUCACACUUAUUGUGAUAUGUAUCAUCAAAAAAAACAGCUACCUGCAUUAUUUAUUUUAAUGGUUUUAUCGUGUUUUGUUGUUGCAAAAUAUUUCUAUUGUUUUUUGAGUUGAAUGUGCAGUUUCAGAGGAGAAGGGGCACAUUGUCAACUGUCGAAGCUGCUGAUUGUGUUGGCACUGUUUACGAAUGGAAUUGCUUGGAAGUCGAUUAAUUCGAAAAUAUAUGUAAACCUUGUAAAUCAACUUUCGAUAGUUAAAUUUGUGAUAUUUUUUUUUGACAAAUUUUUUGUCGGCAUUUUUUUAGCUAUGGGACAUUUAACUUCUGCUGCUAGUUGUGGUUAUUCCUAUUUGGUGUUAAAAUCUGACACACAUUUAUGAACAGCAACAUUUGAGUUUUUUUUCCUCCCAGUUAAACUUCUGUAUUCCUAGUUUCAGAGUUGCAUCUAUUUUUGAACAAUUUUUUCUAAGUUGGGGAUGUCUCUCAAGGAGUUGGGCUUGCGGAGAAUAUUUGUUAAAGAUGUUGAAUAGUCUUGGCUGGCCAACAGAGUUGAGAGCGUAUUGGUUAACCUGGAAUCAUGGAAGUACAAUCGUAUCGUGUGUAUUCUUGAAACAUGUACUUAACUGCAAGCACAAUAAUAAAAUAUGUUCAGUUCUUCGUUGAUAUUACA